GCGACAGAUGCAGUUGAAGUUUGCCGGCGAUGGCCUUGGAAUUGGGGGCGACGCCGCGCUGUCCAGGCGCAAGAGCGAACAAAGAUGUCAAGGACAACUUCUCUCCAUUGCCUUUAUGACCACCUCAUGCAAUAUCCUAGACCAAAUGGAGCUGGAGUCGAACCUAGAGCGUAAAUUGUGCCAAAGGCGCUCGAAGCCAACGAUCAACCAACCUUGCAGAGGCUCAUGAGACUGAGGUCCGCAUUGCUGUUGGCUGAUACCUCCUAGUGUUUGGUAUCACGAUUUCGUCCUGAAAAAUACUAGUGCUGGAAGCAUGAAGGCAUGGUAUGAGUAGGCAAAAUGUCAGUAUGGGCUGUCCGCUUGUGUGGGUGAAUGUGCGCUGGAUCAAAGCUUGUAACGUGCCUCACACGUUUGGAGUCUUGAGGUCCACGAGCCCAUUCCGUCUGGACGACGCGGCUGUGGAGAACUUGUCAAAUGUCGUGGCCAAUUCAUUCGAUGCAGCUAAACUCGUCUCCGUGAGUGAAGAAAUCCACAGGCGAUCUCAUCAUCCGCGAACGUUGCUCAUUAGUAUAGCCUCCGGUUCCUUGGCAUGGGUAAACUCUCUUAAGUCGUGGCACACAGAGAGAUUAUGGAGGUACUGAAGCGACAGGGCAUCCGUGCAUCGCGCUGUUGCCUCGGAGCACCCCAAUUUAACGGUGCCGCGUGGUGAAUUCAAUUACAGAAUGUUGGUAGUUUCAGAAUGACGGCUCCUCCAGUGCAAAAACGCCGUCCGGCGACAUAGUCGAAUUUCAUCCUUUUCCCCUACGUCACCAUGACGAUGUGGGCAACGUGGGCCUACGUCUUGCUGCCUCCUGCAGUUGUGCUGCUCCUCCUUCUCACGAUUCCGUUCCCCAAGUUCAUCGCCAAGGGUAUCGUUCGAAUGAACGAAUUCUUGUUCUCCUUGGAACUGGGAGGCAUUCCCAUCAUAUCCAUCAUCACGUUCUUCGCCUUUAUUGCGCUAGCAGGCCAAACGUAUGACCUCCAAAAACGCUACACCAAAACUAUUCCAGGUAUCGAAAAGCACUACGAAGCCGACUUGCAGCAAAAAGCGAGUCGCUGGCGCUCGGAGCGCAACUGGUGGAUCAGCGCCCUGACUUUUACGAUUUACUGGAUGCUCAUGGCCUUCCAGUCCAUGAAAAAACAGCUCCUUGCCGUCAAUCGUCGCGCUGACUAAUCGUGCAUAUUUCAUAACUUUAAUCUCUAUGUUGCCAUCAAUUACAACAAUCGAAAUUGUAACUUUCUCGUCACUCG